AUCACUUUCCAUCUCUCUCGUUCCUCCUCUCCUCUCUCCGUCCUUCUCUUCCUUCCUCUUCGAUCUCACUCCCUCACUCUAUCUAUCUAGCUGUUGCCCCCUUGGCUCUAUCCGCGCACACGCCUCGCUUCUGUCCGCUUCACCUUUUUCUCGGCCGCUGUCUCAGUCUACCGCGAGUCGCCUACGUCUGCUUGUAGACCUCGUAACGUGGCCGCGUGUGAUAGUGUUAUCAACGAUCGUAGUUCCGUUCGCUUGAACUCGUCGUCCGGUCACCGAGCCAGCACGCACACCGGCUUGACUUUGCCCCCGCCGGUGCGUGAGAUGUCCGUUCCACGUACCUCGUAUCUUGUGAGAAUGCGUCCGGCAAUCAAGUGAUCGCGAGUAUCGACGAGCUCGUCGUGUUCGUCGAGUGACGAGUGGUGGUGACAGAGGUAAUCUGCGCGAGCCCCGCGAAUACGCACGGUAUUCGUAGAAAUACGCGAAAUACGAUGAGGAGGCGGUGUCAGCAGCGUGGAUUUGAGGUGUAGUCGGGUCUCGAAGAGAUCGAAUGGAGGAUGCCAGUUUUGGGAGGCGGUGAGAGAUACAGAUAGAGCAGCAUGAUUUUGUGCGAGAAUGUGGAAGCUGGCGGACGCGUAACGAAUGAGAAAAGGGAACGAAGUGUGCCGAGAACAUUUGAUGUAAGAGCGGCGAGGGUGUAUAUAAGUGGGAGCAGCACGCUUGGGCAAGUUGCCUGGAUACGGGCAGCAGCACCGUGUUGCGCUCCGGUGAAGUAGGAGGAAGCGAAGGAGGUGGAAGGUGGUGCUAAUACGCGAAAGGAUGGAGGGUGGAGUGGACAGUAGUGGGACGAAGAAGACGAUGCACGAGGCCGAACAGGCUACGAACGCAGGCUCGUGCCGCGUCCAAGAAUCGCGAUAGCAUAGCUGCCUUCUUCGGAUACGAUUGCGUAUGGUAAUCGUGGCGACAGAAACGUUGCUCAUUCACCCAACAACGCGCCCAGCUCUCCCUAUUCGAGAUCCGGCAUCGAGCACGAAAGCUCGAACGCUCUACGAAAGCUCCUCGAUUGGCAGGCAAUGACCGAUAACCUUCGGCUCGAACUGAACAACUUCUUUACAAUCUCUUUCUACGAUUCUUCCUCGAUUCUCGCUGCAGUGAAUUCCCGAUGAGAAAAAAUUUAGAUUAGAGAAAGAGGGAGUAGUAAGAGUGUGUCAAGAAACAAGUAGUGUGUCUCGUAUAGUAUAUAUAUAUAUAUAUCUCGUUCUUAUAAUCGUACUUCCUUGAGGGGGAAGUGUGUGAUAGUGAAAUAUCGAAUUCGUGGUCGAAUAACGGGGGAGAAAGGAAAGGGAAGAAGAAUUCGUAUCGAGUAUAUACGCCGCUUGUCACGAACACCUGUGAAUCGAGCACGGCUCGAAAACACUUAUGGAAUUCUUUUUACAUACGCGUACACGGAUGCAACGGCCCUCUUUCCUCGAACAACGCGUUCGUUCGAUGCGUGCCUGAUACUACGCGAGGAGCUAAUACCGUUGCCGUGUAAUUGAUAAAUGAUAUCAAGUGGCAAGAAGCCGAUCACAAUUGUAGGUGUAUAACGCGAGCAUGCUCGACGCGUGGCGAGGUUCGACGCGGACCUAGAACUGCGGUGACGAUAGGAAGAGGCAGAGCAACGGCAGUAACGACAACCAUCAGAAGGUUGGCGGUUCGUGUAUACGUGAAAAGUGGAAGGUAACGAUUGGUUAUGACGGCAAAGUCGGGCGGUAUUUAUCCGGGUGCAUCGUUGUGACGAUUAGACAAACUCGCGCGACUCGACCGGUUUCUCGACACGAUGAUCAGAAUCAGUGUAACAGUUCGCAACGAAGAGUUCCCGGGCGACGUUCGAGACGGUGAUCGCAGCUCGUAGAGAAGUGACACGCGAUAUAUAUAUAUAUAGAUAUAUAUAGAUAUAGAUAUAUAUAUAUGUAUAUGUAUAUAUUAUAUAGUGUGUAGUGCGCGCACGAGUGGAGAAGAGACGUACAAGGGGGUGGUGGAACACGAAAGGAGUGGAGCAUUCGGUGAAUUCCGGGUGGCCGACCCUUGCGAAUAGAGGAGAGAUGUCGAGCUGGCCGAGUCUGCAAAAUUCAUUCGCCAUGGCGAACCAGACGAGAGGUCUGCCACAGAUGCGAAUAAAGCUUUGUAUGGUCAGCGCCGGUCUUCAAAUAGUCCUUUUGCUCACCGUCCUACCUCAAGAAAGCCUGUGCGGACGUCACGAGAAACGUUUGUUGAACGAGCUGUUGUCGUCAUACAACACUUUGGAGCGGCCCGUCGCCAAUGAGAGCGAGCCUCUCGAAGUAAAAUUUGGCAUCACGCUGCAGCAGAUCAUAGAUGUGGAUGAGAAGAAUCAAAUAUUAACGACGAACGCGUGGCUCAAGUUGGAAUGGGUGGACUACAAUCUCCAAUGGAACGAGUCCGAGUACGGAGGUGUAAAGGACCUUCGAAUUACACCAAACAAGCUCUGGAAGCCAGACAUUCUCAUGUACAACAGUGCGGAUGAGGGUUUCGACGGAACGUACCAAACAAACGUGGUGGUCGCGCAUAACGGCAGUUGCCUGUACGUUCCUCCGGGCAUCUUCAAGAGCACUUGCAAGAUAGACAUCACUUGGUUCCCCUUUGACGACCAACACUGUGACAUGAAGUUCGGAUCCUGGACCUACGACGGCAACCAGGUCGACCUCGUGCUCAGCUCGGAGACGGGCGGUGACCUGUCCGAUUUUAUCACGAAUGGAGAAUGGUACCUGAUCGGAAUGCCGGGCAAGAAGAACACGAUAACGUACCAAUGCUGUCCGGAGCCUUACGUCGACGUCACAUUCACCAUACAGAUACGAAGAAGGACCCUCUACUAUUUUUUCAACCUGAUCGUGCCGUGCGUGCUGAUAUCGAGCAUGGCCCUCCUGGGGUUCACCCUUCCGCCAGAUUCCGGGGAGAAGCUCACCUUAGGAGUGACCAUUCUACUGUCGCUGACAGUAUUCCUGAACCUCGUGGCAGAAAGCAUGCCGACCACCUCGGACGCUGUCCCUCUAAUAGGGUCGUACUUCAAUUGCAUCAUGUUCAUGGUGGCGAGCAGCGUCGUUUUGACAGUGUUGGUGCUCAACUUUCAUCACAGAACGCCGGACAGAUACGUGAUGCCAUCGUGGAUUAAAAUGCUGUUUUUACAAUGGUUGCCGUGCUUGCUGCGCAUGAGUCGUCCAGGAAAGAAGAUCACGAAGAAGACCAUUCUUGGAGGCAACAGAAGGGCAAAGGGCAUGGAAUUGCAGGAGAAGAGUAGCAAGAGUUUGCUAGCAAAUGUAUUAGAUAUCGACGACGACAUUCGUCACAAGAAUAGUGCGGCAAAUCCUCCUUCCGGUUACAUAAGGUCGGCGUUCGGUACACCGAUAUCUACCGGAAGACCAGCAACGGUCGAAGAUACGUCCGCAUCGUUACCUCUUAGCGGGAUGCAGGAGGAAUUGCACACGAUUCUUAAGGAAUUACGAUUCAUCACGGAUCGUAUGAAGAAGGCGGAUGAAAGCGACGAGAUCAUUAGCGACUGGAAAUUCGCCGCUAUGGUGGUGGACAGGCUUUGCUUGAUCGUUUUCACGUUGUUCACGGUUUUGGCCACGAUAGUGAUAUUGUGUCGUGCGCCACACAUAAUCGUCCAAUAAAUAGACUGCCCCGGUCAAGUCACCGAAAAAAUGCACAAAAAUUGCCAAAGAAACGACGAUACGUGGGUUUCGAGGAGGCUGCCACGGAAGAGCGAUCAAGUAACGAGAGAGCAC